UCGCGCCAAUUCAGACUUGCAUCGUUCGUUGAAGAGGAAACGUUGCGAAGCGUUGUCAAGAAGAACAAUGGCUCUGUUCCCGCUGCUCGGCAACCGUGGAUCCUGGGGACCUUCGGACCUGGUGAGGCGCUUCUUGGACGACGACUUCGGUGGUUCGUUCCUUGACGGCGAGCUUUUCGACCCGCCGUUCUACCACCAGCGGUUCUACAUCCAGCCGCGCCACCAGCAACAGGCGUCUGACAGUGGCGUCUGCCCCGCUCGCCAGCAAGGCACUUCGGUCGCCUGCACGCCGGACAAGUUCGCGAUCAGCGUGGACACCCGCCACUUUACCCCGGAAGAAAUCAACGUCAAAACUCAAGACAACUGCGUCAUCAUUCACGGCAAGCACGAGGAAAAGUCUGAUGACCGCGGCUGCUACGUUAAGCGUGAGUUCACCCGCCGCUACGUUUUGCCGGAAGACGUUGACCCGCAGUCGGUGAAGUGUCACCUCAAGCCUAACGGUGUCCUGGCCCUUGAAGCUCCGCGCAAGAACGCCCCCAAGGAGCAGCCGAAGCCCAUUCCGAUCGCCAUCAAGCACGAAGGUGCCAGCGGAGAUGCGAAGAAAAAGUGAAGAGGCUAGCGUCGGGGGUUUGGCGCUGCGUACUUGAGAUCACGAUCAAGUCCAUCUUGAUCCAAGUGGAGCACCAAGGCUUCUAAAAGUGAGCUUCCGCAAUCCAGCCCACCCCUAGUCACCAUUUGUGUACAAACUGUCCGUGAACUUCUGUGUUGUAUUUAUUUUCCCACUCGUCCAGAGUGCUCGUGUUUAUUUUGUUUCUCUUUGUGUGCUGGUCAAUAAAACUGACAAGUGUUCAUUUCUAGAAA